UCGGCGCUCCGGGGCCGAUAAGAGGCGGCGCUGGCUGCUGGCUUCGGGAUUGGCCUGGCUGGGCCGAGGCGGUGCUGUCCGUCUUCUCCUCCGACCACCCUGAAAGGCCAAGUCAGGCGGGCCUGUACUUGGGCGGGCGGCUGGCAAAGGCCGGACGCUCCCUUUCCCCACAUCCCCUGUGGAGAAGCCUCGCUCCGCGCCCCAACAUGGCGGGCGGGCGCUGCGGCCCGCUGCCGGCCGCGCUCCUGGCGGUCUGGGUGGCGGCGGCGGCGGCGGCGGUCGAUCCUGAGCAGACCGCGCUACCGGCGGAGCGGAGCUGGGUCCAGCCCAUGACCGCCUCCAACUGGACGCUGGUGAUGGAGGGAGAGUGGAUGCUGAAAUUUUAUGCCCCAUGGUGUCCAUCCUGCCAGCAAACUGAUUCAGAGUGGGAAACGUUUGCAAAGAAUGGUGAAACACUUCAGAUCAGUGUGGGGAAGGUAGAUGUCAUUCAAGAACCAGGUUUGAGUGGCCGCUUCUUUGUUACCACACUCCCAGCAUUUUUUCAUGCAAAGGAUGGGAUAUUCCGCCGUUACCGUGGCCCAGGAAUCUUCGAAGACCUGCAGAAUUAUAUUGUAGAGAAGAAAUGGCAAUCGGUUGAGCCUCUGACUGGCUGGAAAUCCCCAGCUUCUCUAACAAUGUCUGGAAUGGCUGGUCUUUUUAGCAUCUCUGGCAAGAUAUGGCAUCUUCACAACUAUUUCACAGUGACCCUUGGAAUUCCUGCUUGGUGUUCUUAUGUCUUUUUCGUCGUAGCCACCUUGGUUUUUGGCCUUUUCAUGGGUCUGGUCUUGGUGGUAAUAUCAGAAUGCUUCUCUGUACCACUUCCAGGGCAUUUGUCUGAGCGUUCUGAGCAGAAUCAGAGGUCAGUGGAGGCUCAUAGGGCUGAACAGUUGCAGGAUGCAGAGGAGGAAAAGGAUGACUCAAAUGAAGAAGAAAACAAGGACAGCCUUGUAGAUGAUGAAGAAGAGAAAGAAGAUCUUGGCGAGGAGGAUGAAGUGGAGGAAGAAGAGGAGGAGGACAACCUGGCUGCUGGUGGAGAGGAGGAAAGAAGUGACGCCAAUGAGCAGGGGCCCCUGAUGGAGGACAGCGUGUCCCGGGAGGGAGUGGAACCUGAUGAGACUGAAGGAGAUGCCCUUGAGCAGCCCUGUUCUGCUGACACGGAGGUGACGGAGGACGCAUUGAGGCAGCGCAAAACUCAGCAUGCCGAUAAGGGGCCGUAGGUUUUAUGAAGGUAUUUGCAGUAAUACAGAUCAAAGGAAUGCAUCUUUUCCCCUCUGGCCUACAGUUCAAACCAAAUCCUUAAUUGUUCCUAAAUGAGAAGCUUCUCUCUUAAAAGACGAUCUCUAGUCAAUGUCUUAGGGCAUUAAGCCUCAUGUAUAUUAAUGAGAAUCUUUUAGGCAAGACAAUCAGGAAACAGAAAAACCAGUGUGGUAUCAGGAUCUGUUUGGGGGCUUGGGAUGGGAACAAGUUCAUUUACUUGGGGCUAGAGAGUCUUGACCAGAGGAGGCAACCCCCAGUUCUCAUUAGCACCUUCUAGAGACAAGGCUGCAGGCCUCAUAAAUCAAAAGCAAAGCAACCUUUAUUCUUGAGCAUCCUCAAAAGUGUAGCAGAAGUCUUGCUUCCUUUACUUGUUUUAAGUAUUUAUUUUUGUCAAAGUUGGUAAGAAAUGUCAGGCAUCACAGGGCAGGGACACAUUUUUACAGCUAGAAAUUGAGAGGACCCUGGAUACAAUUUUAGAAAGGGGCUUGGAAGUCAUCCUAACCCUCUAAAUCACCUUAUGUCUUAUUUCUUACCUUUAAUUUUUUAAACGUUUCUACCAUGGGCCUGUAGGCUCUGCACACUCUUCCCAGUAUUAAGAGAGGACUCCAGUGCUAGUGAGGCUUAUGUCAGCUGUGUUGGUUCUGACUUAAGGGUUUAGAUAAUCAGGAACCACAGCCUGUGAAGCUAUGACUGCCAAGCAUCUCAAAUGAAGUUGCAAUCUUUGGAGUUUCAAAAGAAAGUGGGUAUUUUAUAGGAAAGUUUGUUUUUUUUUUUCCCAAAAUGUAGUUUUCUUUCUGAAGUUGCUUUACCAGUAUUCUUUCUGAAGCCAAAAGUCCUCUAAGUCUUGCCAGUGCAAGGUAGUCUUGUGCAGAAAACUUGAAUACUGUGUGUUUCGUUUCCAUCUCAUGGGGUUCCCUGGCCCAUGAAACACUUUAAUAAUAAAGGAAAAAACACUUCUGGUUUUCCUUCACUGAUGUGCUUGUGGUGACAGAAUUAAUGAAAGUCAAUACCUGGGAGUGAAAGAUUUGGUUUCCUUUCCUUCCUUAAUCUUCUAAAGAAUUGUAUCUCUGUAAAUCUCUCAAUACCAGAUCUACUAAAAGUACCCAGGGGACCCAAUUUGUUUUAAAAAUUCCAUCCAUCUUCUUCUGUCCUACCUGAUUUAUGUUUUAGAAUAAAUUCGUAAAAUAAAAUUCCAAGCUUAAGAAAGAUGCCUAAAGUUGAUCCUAUGCCCCAGGGGUCCAGACAGAAUAAUAAGGAAUGUGCGUUUAUGAAACUCAGAAAGUUUCUGUCAUCUUUUAAAAUGAAUAUGCAGUAUACUUGUAUCUGGCUGUUUAGAUAGUCCUUUCCUUGUAGUAACACUGGGCUCAAGAUGGGGAUUCUGAAGCUCCCUACCCUUGUGUGCUUGAAUGAGACUGUUGCAAGCAUCAAACAAAGGGAGUUUUUAUUCUGACAGAAUCUUAUAUUUAGAGAUGGUUAUUUUUCAUCUUUCCAAGUCAGAUACCAGGCAGUCUGCUCCCCCAGUACAGUGAGGUUCCUUAAGAGUCUGUAGUAAUUGUGGUCUUCAGAUAGCAAUGGAGCCUCAUGUUUGAAGCCAUCGUGGAACUGACAGGCUGGGAGACUCUGGACAUGGGCCAUUUCCUGCCCCUCUCUGCACACAUCCUCACACAUAGUGCCACUGUUGGUGAGGUGACUCUGCCUGCCUGGUCCCAGAAAGCCUUUCAGAGCCACAGCUGAGCUGGGCCUGCUGUCUCCAUCACUGCAUUUCUUAGGUUCAGCUGAAACAAAGUUUUCAAAGAUUAGUAAGUUCAAGUUCAGGGGUAUGUGAUAAGAAGUUUCAUAGUUUGACUUUUCUGUGUAAUGCCUCCCCCAAAACUGAAAUACUCAUUUUCUUAGUGGAGUAACUAGAGUGGAAGAAUAAAUAAAUAAAAUCUACAUUGACAUUUUAUAAAUUUAGGGCCAAUUUCCAAUUGGAUCCCAAAUGGGACCCAAAUACAUAAUAAGAAAAAUACAUAUUCUUUCCAGAAAUACUUUUUUAAAAAGCUGGAGGGAGGGGAGAAAAACAUCUUGGAGAAGAGGAUUUAUUAAAAGUUUAAGUAUCUGGCUGUGGGAACCAUUUCUCCUGGUUUUCUUCAACAUUCUGGCAAAAGAUGGGCUUUUUACUAAACAGCCCUAUGAGUACAGUCACUUAAUAAUCUUCUCAACUUGAGGCCUUUAGAUUUAUUUUCAGGACUUAAUGAAUAUAAAACUAAAGGAUACCUUUUAACAUAAACUGUUUUAAACUUAAAAUUAGAUCAACAUUUGAAUAGAAUUUUAUGGAUUUUUCCUGUAGAGAAUAUACUUAUUCCAAAAGUCAAAUACAUGGAAACAUGAUUUUGAUUUAAAAAAUAAGAAAUAAUCAUGCUUUCCUAUAUUCAAUAUCAGUCAUUUAAAUACAAAAUAGUGUUCUAUGUAAAUUAAAAUUAGGUAGAUUUUAAAUCAAAGAAACUUUGUGUUUUGGAAUGGAGGUGCAGUACUUUAUGUGUGGGUCGUUGCAGCAGGGUGCCUUUUCAUGGAUUAGAAGGAAAGUUUGAAACUUCUUGCUACCUUUUUUAUUAGUUUCUUUUAUUAUUCAUCUAUUACUAGAUCUGAUAAACCAUCUUAACUUGCUUAGAGAUCUCAUAUGGAUGCAACAAUCCCUCUUCUUUCCUUUUGAAAUGUCAGCAUUGAAAAGAAUGAGGGGCAGGGCAUGCAGUGCCUAGCUCUGCAUGGGCUCAAACUUGCAAUUUGAUCUCAUACGUAUGUCUAUGUUAGGUACAGGUCUCUCUGACUACAUAAAGAAAUUCAAGACAACUACUGUAUUAAAAAGUUAAGCUUUGGCAGAAUUGGCUUUUGACAGUGGAUAAAGCCAAAUUUUGGCUGACUUACUAGCAAAAACCUUGUUGAUAGCUGUGGCGUUGUUGGGUAUAUGUCAGUCGACAGAGCCUGUGUCCUUUAACUCCUCUGGUGUAGAUGAUAAAAAAUGUCUUUUAAGGCAAAUACUUAGCAUGUGACUUUUUAUUACCAAGUCCUUCAGGAGUGGAGUGGGUAUGUUGCUUUAUGGGGUGGGGAAGGUUAAAGACCCCCCCCCCCCAAAAAAAAGGGCAAGAAAAAGUAGGGUAAACCUGAUAUUUUAGCAUAAAUCCUAAAUCUAAAGGCCUCAAGUUGAGAAGAUUAAGGUUUUAUCUUCUUUUAAGUUUUAUAUUUGGCAUGAAGUGAGAGAAAGAAGGGGAAGACCGUUGCUUUUGCUAAUGUGCGUCAAGUUUAUAUCCUUCAUCUCAGUGUUGAAGUGUUAUUUCUGCCAGUAUUAUAACUGUGUAGUUGACCCAUCCUGUCAAAUAUGCCAACACUUUGGGAAGUUUUCUUAUAUCUCUUUUGUGCCAACAGAAACUUUCCUUCUUUUUAAAUAUCACUUUACCUCAGUUCUGCAUUUUGAUCCUCUUGAGAAGAUUACAGCUUAUCUUGAAAAAGCCAAAUGUGGAGUUAACAAGUCUGCUGAAAUCCAAUGGGGUGAUUUUUUGAUGGUGUUUCUGAAGCAGGAAGGUCAGUUGAAAGGCCUUUGCUACCUUUAGACCAGGAUGUGGCCUUGUGAUGGCUUAUUUUCUGUAGUUUCGUGUGGAUUGUGACAUUGUAUAUGUGCAACUCAUACAACUUUGAUGUGUUUCUGAUGUAGUUUAAUCACAUUUGUUGUAAAUAGCUUCUUCAUGGAAAUGCAAUUUUAUACUAAGAAUACUGCUUUUUGUAUUGCAAUACAUUAUAAAUUUGUUAUUUAUGUUC